AUGACAUCGUCUAUAAAGGAGCGGGCCGUGAUUAGUGGCGUUCGCAGCCAUGGAGGCGCUUGCGCCGCGCUCAAGCCUGAAAGAGCAGGUAUUGCUCUGAAUUCGCCAGAUCGGUGUGCGAUUUACCCUAGUGUCAAGCAGCUGAAGAGUCGAUCACAGAGACUACAAAGACGUGAAGCUUUUUCAAUCACAAAAUACGCCGACGUGAUGGAGUGGGCCUCUCCGAGAAUGUGCACAACGCUGGAGCAAUUUCACCAGCACCUCGAGUAUGAUUUGGGCACGGAUGCAUUGUGGUUUGUCAGCAGUCAUUCAACUUUCAGCACGAGCUACUUGUACUCGGAUGGACACAAGUUCCGUUCGGUGCAUUACACGGUACUGAACAAGUAUCAACAGAACUUCUACCCAAUGGCGUUCAUGUUCACUCGGACGGAAAGAGCCUCCACCCAGUUCGAGGUUUUAUUCGAGCUAGUGGUCAAGGAAUGGGAGACGCUAGGUAAAUCCGAAGGUAAGAUCAAGCAAAACGAGAAGGUGGAAAGCUUCCAGCUGCGCUAUUUUUCGAUUCACGUCGUGGAUUUUUAG